UCCACUCAGAAUGCUAAUCAAAGUCUUUCUUCUACUCUCGGCAGCCCCUCUGCUGACUGCUGGACGUGUGCCACAAUUGGAGGAACGCAUUUUUCUCGGAGAGGAUACAACCAUCGAGGAGAAUCCUUGGCAAGUGGCUAUUGUCUGGAAUGGAGGCCAUCACUGUGGAGGUUCCAUCUACAGCAAAGAUUUUAUUAUAACUGCCGCCCAUUGUAUCGAUGACGUAGAGGCUAAUCAAUUGCAAGUUCGAGUGGGCUCAUCAUGCCGAGACGAAGGCGGAACACUCCACCAAGUGGCAGCUUUUAAAUGGCACAGUGGAUUUUCACGUAACUUAUGCGAAAACGACAUUGCCAUUAUUCGGUUGAGUGAAUCACUCAAAUUCAAUGAUCGGGUACAGAGUAUUCCCUUGGCUACGGAAGAGCCCGAGGCUGGCACCAAAGCAAAAGUAACCGGUUGGGGUACUACACUGAAAGGACGUGGACAUGGCAUUCUUCAAGGCCUUGAGGUUUCCAUAAUUAGCCGGGGGCUUUGUCAAAAGUUGAAAUCUUUUGUCACCGAUGACGUCAUUUGUGCCGGAGCCUUGUUUAAUUCGUUAGGUGGUGGAGACUCCGGUGGCCCUUUGACUGUCAACAACGAACUGGUGGGUGUCGUGUCUUCUGGUCGACCGUUCCUUACAGGAGAGUAUGUAAGUGUGGUAUAUAUGAAAGAUUGGAUUCAAAGUACAACUGAAUCGCUUUCAGAAUGAAAUUGAGAAAAUGUAAAUUCAAAAUACUAAAUUAAACCGAGCAUUCCAU